CGAAAUUAUAGUAAUUGCAAAGAAAGAAAAAAUCAUUAUUCAUCAACAUUUAAGUUUGCCUAGAACUAGAAGCACAAACAUGGCAGACCCAAGUAACGACGACAACGACAAUGUUGAUGUUGCCGCCAAAAUCAAGAACGAUGACGACGACUUUGCACCAACAACAGCUGUUAUUAUGCUGGGAUCCAUGAAUUUUGAGCCGGUCGCAACAUCCGAUAUUCUUUCAUUGAAGAUUCAAUCUCCGGAAGAAAUGUCUGGUGUGUUAGAAGAAGCGUCGAGCUCUAUCCGACCAAAUUCUUUGGAAUCGGUUCAUCUCCUCUUGAAAUCGUCAUCUGUAUCAUCCUUGUUUGAUGAAUCCAUUCUAACAUCGUUUUACGAAGGACUGAUUCCGGGAAAAGAAGUCAACGUUCACGUCCUGCCUGAAUCUGCUGUCUUGGCCGAGGAUAUGCCAGUGCAGGCAAACGACGUGGAUUCCAUCCGCACGGCCAUGGUCAUGGCCGGUCUGAUGUUGCACAGCGAACAAGCGCAUGAAGGAAGCUGGAUUUUGGUGGCAAUAAAGCCAGGCGGUGAGACAGACGACGACGACGAGGAUGAUGACGAUGACGAUGACGAUGACGAUGACGAGAAAGAGCCGACAGAAUCAGAGCUACAAGAAGAACAGGAAUUCAGAGAUCUGGUGGCAAAGCAAAUAGAAAAUGACAAUUAGCAUACAUCUUGCACCAUGAGACGGAACUAAUGAGAGAAUGUAAUUUAGAGGCAAAGUAGAUAGAAAAGAAUUCGAAGCACAGUGCACUUGGUUUAUUUUGAAAUUUCCGAUAUCGCUUGUUUGGUUCGAUAGAGGUUUACCUUUUAUAU